UACAGCCAUCAUAUCUACAACAAGAUGAAGAGAAAGAACAUUCUGGAAUGGGCAAAGGAGCUGAACCUUUCUGGGUUCAGUAUGCCGGGAAAGCCUGGUAUUGUGUGUGUGGAGGGUCUGCAGUCUGCUUGCGAUGAGUUCUGGGCCAGGGUGAAAGUUUUAACAUGGAAAAGAAUUAUGAUUCGACACAGAGAGGAUGUCCCUUUGGAAAACGGCUCGAUGGAGGAGAGAACUGACUCCCUUCGCAAGUUCACUGGAUUUCAUGAAGCCAUUUUUGACCCUCGCGGGACCAGAGGAAACCACAUGGACCUUGGUCAGCUUUAUCAGUUCCCUUAAUGACAAAGGAUGUGCUGAUAUCUUUCAAAUGUUCUUUGGGAUUGAGGGAAGAUAAUAGUUUGUCUGUCUGUUUGUCUGCAUUAGUGCCUACCCACUUUUUCAGCGGUGUUGAUUCUGGAAGUAUUUUUUCCAUUAAUUUUUUCUUUUGGGACUUUUAAAAACUUUCUGUUUAAUUAUUAUGAGCAAUGAACCAAACCAACCAGCUAUGAGGUGAAUUGUAACGUCGCAAAUUGCUUUAAUUUUAAUCAAAAAAGGUAUUUGAAAAUUGGACAAAAUGCAAAGGUACAAUAAUGUACUUAACUGCUAUUGAGAAGAAAAGAACUACAAUCCCACGAAGCAUUAUGAACAAAUAUUUAAGUAUAUUUUGUGCAUAUAGCGAGGCUGACUUGAUUACAUCCUUCAUAGUGCUUCAUGGCA